AUGCCAAAGGAGCAGUACCGCGAAGCAGAUGUCGCGAGAAAAAUCUCCCACGUUACCUUCGGGCUUGAAAGUCCCGAAAGCAUGCAACAACAAGCUCACCUGCACGUUGUUGCAAAGAAUCUAUACAACCAAGACCAAAGCAGAACGCCCGUUCCGUAUGGCGUACUCGAUCAAAGAAUGGGCACAAAUCAAAAAGAUUCCCCUUGCCAAACUUGUGGAAAGAAUUUAAACGACUGUGUUGGCCAUUUUGGCUAUUUAGACUUGGAACUUCCCGUAUUUCACGUCGGUUACUUUCGCAAUAUAAUUUCUAUCUUACAAUCGAUUUGCAAGAGAUGCGGUCACGUGCUGCUUGACGACGACGACAAGGUUCAAUUCAGACGCCGUCUAACAAACCCCAAUCUCAGUUACAUGGUCAAGAAGGCGAUUCGAAAGAAAGUGCUGGAGAAAUGCAAGAAGAUAAGCAAGUGCAAGCAUUGCAAGGAUAUUAACGGCGUCGUUAAAAAGAUGGCAGCUAGUAAGACAGCUGGCAGCGGUUCUGUGCUUAAGAUCGUCCAUGAAAAAUACAGAGGAAAGAACGAUAGCACUGUCAAGGAAUUUAUGGAUGAGUUUAAUAAUGCCAUUGAAAUGAAUGCAGAAUUGGAAUCGGUAAUAUCCACAGCUGCAUUAUCCCAGGUUUUAACGCCUAUUGAUGUUUUACAACUGUUUAAAUGUAUACCUGAGGCCGAUAUUCCACUUUUAGCAAUGGAUCCCAAAAGGGGACGGCCUAAAGAUCUUAUUCUAUCGCGUAUGUUGGUUCCUCCAGUCUGCAUAAGACCGUCAGUUCUAUCCGACUUAAAAGCAGGAACAAAUGAGGAUGAUUUGACCAUGAAGCAGUCCGAAAUCAUUUUUAUAAAUGACGCCAUUCAAAAGCAUAAGUUGUCGGGCGCGUCGGUCAAUAUGUACCAAGAAGGUUGGGACUUUCUGCAGUUGCACACCGCGUUAUACAUCAACAGCGAGCUAUCGGGAGUUCCUCUGGCGAUGAUGCCGAAAAAGCCCGGUCGUGGAUUGGUGCAACGCCUCAAAGGUAAACAAGGAAGAUUUCGUGGAAAUCUGUCGGGUAAGCGUGUAGACUUUUCGUCUCGUACGGUCAUUUCUCCCGAUCCGAAUCUCGAAAUCGAUCAAGUGGGAGUGCCUUGUCAUAUCGCGAAGAUUUUGACUUUCCCCGAGCGCGUUAUUCACGCGAAUAUGUACCUAAUGCGGCAGUUAGUGAUAAACGGGCCCGAUACGUGGCCCGGUGCCAAUUACGUGCAACAGAAGGGUUCCCAAUUUAAGAAGUUUCUGAAGUACGGUAAUCGGGAAAAGUUGGCACAGGAGCUGAAGUUAGGCGACCUAGUGGAAAGACACUUGCGCAAUGACGACGUCGUACUUUUCAAUCGACAACCCAGUCUGCAUAAGCUGUCAAUCAUGGCACAUCGAGCAAAGAUUCACAAUCACCGCACGUUCAGAUUUAACGAAUGUGUUUGUAAUCCAUAUAAUGCAGAUUUUGACGGUGAUGAAAUGAACUUACAUUUACCACAAACCGAAGAGGCAAAAGCUGAGGCUCUAAUAUUAAUGGGGAAUAAAAACAAUUUGGUAACUCCAAGAAACGGGGAACUUCUCAUAGCAGCCACCCAAGAUUUCCUGACGGGCGCCUACAUUCUAACCAAAAAGGAUACGUUUCUCGAUUUCGUACACGCGUCCCAACUGGCUGCGACAAUUCUAGCAGGGGAGGACGCAAACCUCAUCAUCAAUCUUCCACCUCCCGCCAUUUUAAAGCCUAGACGUUUAUGGACCGGCAAGCAAAUUUUUGGCAUCAUACUGAAGCCCAACAGGGAAAGUACGAUAAAAGCGAACCUGGAGGCGAAAGGCAAGGCCUACACGAAGGACAAGGAGCUGUGCGUUAAGGACUCGUACGUGUUGAUCCGUAAUUCGGAGCUACUCGCCGGCACGCUCGACAAAGGUCACUUAGGUUCGGGCGGAAAAGGUAGCAAUAUAUUUUACGUGAUCCUGAGGGACUUCGGGCAGGCGUUUGCGAUUAAAUCGAUGUGGCGGUUGGGUAAAUUGGCUUCCUAUCUCUUGAUGAAUAGCGGAUUUUCGAUUGGUAUUGGCGACGUCACGCCCGGGGAGAACUUAAUUCGUAAAAAGAACGCCUUACUGGAUGGAGGGUAUUCCAAGUGCGAUGAGUACAUUAAAGCCAUGGCCGAAGGCAAGCUGCCUUGUCAACCGGGAUGUAGUGAGGAAGAGACGUUGGAAGCUGUCAUUUUAAAAGAACUAUCCGUUAUUCGUGAACACGCGGGACAGGCUUGCGUAUCCGAGUUGCAUCCUACAAACAGUCCGUUAAUUAUGGCAUUGUCUGGAUCGAAAGGUUCAUUUAUCAACAUUUCCCAGAUGAUAGCGUGCGUAGGGCAGCAAGCGUUAAACGGCAAACGCGUGCCCAACGGAUUUAACGAUCGAUCUUUGCCGCACUUCGAACACAACUCGAAGACCCCUGCGGCGAAGGGCUUUGUCGAGAAUAGCUUCUAUUCGGGCUUAACGCCGACCGAGUUUUUCUUUCACACCAUGGGCGGCAGAGAGGGGCUGGUGGAUACCGCCGUUAAAACUGCAGAGACCGGCUACAUGCAGCGACGUUUAGUUAAGUCACUAGAAGACUUGGUGGUGCAUUACGACGGGUCGGUGCGUAACGCCGAAGGCGAUAUCAUUCAGAUUUCGUACGGAUGUGACGGCUUAGAUCCCUCUUGUAUGGAAGGAAAAGAUUGUCCGGUGGAUUUCGAUCGUGUCUUGGCCCACAUACGCGCGAAGUGUCCUUAUAGGGACGAAAUUGCUUUAGAUGCUGAUCAAAUUCGUCGAGCAACAAAGGCGUUUUUAGCAACAAACUCUUUGAACGAGUGCAGUGAAGACUUUAAGAGCGAGUUAAGUAAAUUCAUGGAGGCGAUAGCCUGUAAGCUGGAGAGGAUCUGCGAAAAGUUCGGAAACGGCGCCGCCGUAAAGGAAAUCGAGAGACUCACCUGCAGUCAGCUUGUCACGUUCCUCGAGACCUGCGGCCAAAAAUUCGCGAGAUCCGUGAUCGAACCGGGCACCGCCGUGGGCGCGUUGGCCGCGCAAAGUAUCGGCGAACCCGGCACCCAGAUGACGCUGAAAACUUUCCAUUUUGCCGGCGUCGCCAGUAUGAACAUUACGCAGGGCGUUCCAAGAAUAAAGGAAAUCAUUAACGCGUCCAAAAGCAUUAGUACUCCUAUAAUUAGAGCGUCUUUAGUCGACCCACACAAUCCUGAAUUCGCAAGGCGAGUAAAAGGAAGAGUGGAACGAACAAGGUUAGGCGAGAUCACAUCGUACAUCGAUGAUGUGUAUAUGAAAAGUGACUGUUUUCUGAUGAUAAAAAUAGAUUGUGAAAGGAUUAAUCUGCUGCAACUGGAAGUGAAUACAGAAACAAUUCGUUACAGUUUGUGCACGUCUCGAUUAAAGUUGAAACCAAAUGAUGUGGAGGUAGUGUCCGAUACUGUAAUCCUCGUGCGAGCAAAUCAUUCGAAACAUUCGCAGAGACUCAAUUUUGCACUGCAAGAGUUGAAACAGGUCAUCCCCGACGUUGUAAUAAAGGGUCUACCAACUGUUAACAGAGCGGUAAUAGCUAGAGAAGACAAACAGGGCGUUUCCCACUACAAUCUCUGUGUGGAGGGUGACAAUCUGCGAGAGGUAAUGGCGACAUACGGUGUAGACGGCCACAGGACCAUUUCGAAUAAUAUAAUCGAAGUGUUCCACACUUUGGGAAUAGAAGCGGCGAGGCAAACCAUUAUGCACGAAAUCAAAAUGGUAAUGGAAAAUCACGGAAUGAGCGUCGAUUAUCGGCACAUAAUGCUACUCGCCGCGCAGAUGACGCAUACGGGCGAGGUUUUGGGGAUCACUCGUGACGGAUUGGCGAAAAUGAAGCAGUCGGUUUUCAACUUGGCCUCGUUUGAGAAAACCGCCGAUCACCUCUUCGAUGCAGCGUAUUACGGACAAACGGAUAAAAUAAAUGGCGUUUCAGAAAACAUCAUAAUGGGAAUGCCCGCCGCUAUCGGUACUGGUAUAUUUAAACUACUACACAAGCCGCUGUACUCCGACGAAAAACCCGCAGCACUGCCCCUACUAUUCGAAACGGCAUUAGAAUCACAAGCUUAACACUUUAAUUUAAUAGUAAA